UCUCGGGAUUUCAAAGGAGGGCCGUAUGUUCAUAAUAUAUCAAUCCGUAUUUUAAUUCCUCGGUUGCUCUUUCACAUCACCAUCAAUAACCUAUAUCUACUAACCUAGCACAAUGAGCAUCGCGACUCUUACCCCCCGCCAACGCGGUUGGCGACUCGUUACCACUAUUCUAGCUCCCCAGGCGUAUCAGCACAGAUCUACCUCGUGGGUCGCAUGGGAGCAGCCCAAUCCUGCUCUCUACACACCACCUCAUGCGCCCCCAAGCAGUGAGAGCCGGCAAGCAGCCAGCAACUCCCAGGGCCCACGCAAUGUCGGAGAGACCGGCGCUGCACCAGAAACUGCUACGAUCGUGACGGGCAGCCGGGAAAUAUCCACGUCGGAAAAAAUAGCCCCUUCGUCUAUCCAAGCAGGCGCCAGCCGUAUCCCCUGCUCCCAGACGCGCUCUAUCCAGACUCAAUCCGAGAGCACACCGCUGCUUCCUACCACCCUCUUACGCAUCCCCGGCGUUCCUGCCACCUGGCCGGGCGAGACGCCCAAACAUCCGUAUACUGGUUUCCACGAGAAUGAAAGUCCUCUAACUACAUGAAGGAGUCGCGUAACCUCAAAUCCGGAAUAUUUUAGAGCGUCUCGGCACUGGCGAGAAAUCGGGCUAAGGCUUCGGUGACGCAUCGAGUGUCGCUUUCGGAAUACGGGCUCUGAAGGAAAACGCUCACAUAUCGUAC